ACAGUAUAUUCGGAUCAGUACGAUACAUUUUAAAUUCCAAAAGCUGAUUUUUUUUUUGUGACAACAGUCUCAUGGAUGGUUUCACAGCCCACAGUGAAGUACUUCCAAUGCAAAACUGCUACUUUUAAUGACAACCUCUGGGCGCCUCUCUCUAUUAAGUGUGAUUGUCUUAACUGAGGUGUGCUGUGACUGUCUGCUGUGGGAUGCCCUCUUUGAAAACAAAAACACUGGUUAAAUUUCUGUCCCAUGAUCUUUAUUGACAUCUUCAACAUUCCCACUGUGGGCGAUUGUGUAUAUCUGUAAGCUGAUUGUUGUUAUUGCAGUGCCCGCAUUAUGAUGUUGUCUAACUGUAAUGAGGACUCAACAUUGGAGCCCAAGUGGGCCUUUUGUCCUAAAUCACUAACAUUUUGGCUGUAAAAUUUGAGGUGUGACACUCAAAGUUCAUUCUUGUCUGCCCUUUUUUUUUUUUUUUAAACUAAUCUGAAUACUUAGAAUUUCUCUGCUUGCAACAUUUAAAGAUGGAGACAUGCCUUUGGUUUUAGAUGUUUCUAUGCUUUUUCUGCUCUGUGCGCGCACAACAUAUUGUAUGACUGCAUUAAUGAGUGUCAAUGUGUGUGUGGCUUUUACAGUGUAAACUGUUGUGCAAUAUCUCUGCAGACCAGUGUCUCACUUAAACUGAGAAAUGUUCCUCAGAAAGGUCAGUUACUUGACAUUUGUACACAAGUCUUAUGACUAACUCCCCCGAAAUGAAGCCUGUGCAGGGUCGAUUCUUGGCUUAGUUAAUGACACUUGUCUGUGUUAACGUCUGAUUUUAUUUAGGUUCCAAUGGACCAUGUAUUAUUGCUCAGAUAAAUUUUAAAAAAUGGUUUGCUGUUCCAUGUCUCCUUUUUAACUUUUAAGUGGGAAUUAUUUGUAUCUUAAUUGUAAAAUGCGCCUACUGUCAAGGUGAGCUUGUUUGUAGUCACACAUUUUCAAUGUGCAAACUCAGCCUUUUUCAAAGGGAGGUCCAUUGAAAGUCGAUGCACCCUUUGAGGUUCUGGUAAUUUCACGAAACAGGCAAGUUCUGUCGUUCACCAUUGCGAAUACGUGUCCAUUAAACAUGUUUUAAUUCGUACCUUGAAUGAUUACAUUCCUGAUAUAUUUAAGAAUAAUAACAGAUGUUUAUAGAAAGGGAAAGUCGUAGCCACGCAAUGUUUUCGUGAAAAGUCCGAGGUUUAUCUUAGUACGUGAACGCCUCACGUCGGGCGCACACAGCUGAAGCGAGACGAAAACAUGCGCUGACGAUUUUUCUAACCGCGCAACCUCAAAAAUGUGGACUGAGACGCAAAAUAACAGCAAAUCGAUCUCCAGCAGCGUGAACACUUCGAGGAUGGUUGACCCUGAUCUGACACGGCAGACUUUACAGGUUCUACAGAAAAAUGGUUCGACUGCAGCAGCUGCUCGUCCAUCAAGCGCAGAAGAUGCUUUGGACACGAGCAAUGGAAUCAUUCCCGGAGCCAUUGCAGCCGCCUUGUUCAUUGCGUUGUUACUGGGCCUCUACGCCGUGCUUUGGAAGUGCAUGGUGUCUCCACCCCAAAGAAAGCGCCGGAAGGUGAGAGCGAGAGUUCAUCAAACAACACCAGUGUGAAGACUACACAUGGGGAUAAAAACCACCAGUUUCUUGUGAAAAGGUGUGGACUGAAGCAGAAGACUUUGUCUCCUAGUCAGAGUGCGGCAGCAUCACAGAAGCGCAUUCAUGUUAGGCCAGGUUCAGCUGAGUGUCCACCUUUUUUUUUUUUUUUUUUUU